AUGGGGUCACUUCUGUUCAAGUCCACAGUGGAGGAGGAAAUAAGUCGUGGAGGUAUUGCACAGAAUAAAGCAAAGUUUCGUGAUGAUACCUCACAGUUCAAACGAGCUGGUUGCAUAGACAAAAGGAUACUUCCAGACACCGAUGACGAUGGAGAAAUUCAGGACAAGACGACAUGUAGGACGAGGGAAACUGGAAAGCUGCAGGUCGCAUCAGGAGGCAACGUUUCAACGGACAAUAUAAAUGGAAGGCGAGAAAGCAACACUGAAGGCGGAAAGAGUGGAUGCUCAACUGUUGCUCCACCAAGUCGAUCUGGCGCAGACGAGAAAGACGGAAGUUUGGAGAUCCAUCAAGGGGAUCAAAUCUUUCUGGCAAAGACAUCUUACGAUAAUGACGCACCCGUGGGGCUGCACGAAAUCACUCCUACGAUGGAGGUAGCAGAGAACGCAAACAUCCUGAAUGUUGAAGCAGAUGAGACUGGGCAAGGUCCGCUAGAAAGUAUUGCAGUUGCAGACGAGAUACCCAUAGGUGGGGAUGCCAUCGCAUCAAGACGGGGGUCAACAUCCAGUCCCCAAAUAGACAGAACUGACAAAAAAGGAAACACACCGCUAUUCAACGCAGCUUCAAAAGGUAAUCUGAAAGGUGUUGACGAUCUAAUCUGUCGGGGUGCAAACGUGAAUAAACCAAGUACUCGUGGACGUUGUCCUCUCCAUGUAGCGGCAGAACGAGGGCAUGGAAAUAUCGUUAACUUGCUCAUCAGUCGGGGAGCUGAUGUACAGGUGGAAUGUGACAUAGGUCAAACACCAAUCCAUAAAGCAGCAGCCAACGGUCAUACAGGCAUCGUUGAAAGUCUUAUUGCACAUGGGUCUAGUAUAGACUGCGAAGACCAGACAGGAUGGACUCCAUUUAAUGCCGCCGUUCAACAUGGCCAUCUAGAGACUUUGAUAUUCCUACUGAGCAAAGAGGCAAAACAGAAUAAACAUAACGGUAGGACCCCUCUCUAUGCCGCCGCAGAGUUCGGUCAAUUAGAAAUCCUGCAGUUUCUAAUUUCGAAGGGAGCUGAUAUGAAGAGUGAAAACCCAUCAGGUCGGAUUCCUCUGCACGGUGCAGCUAUCAGUGGUGACAUGGAAAUCAUCAAAUAUCUCAUUCAAGCAGGAUCUGAUGUAAACAAGGGCACACCUAAGGGAUUUACGCCAUUCGAUGCUGCAAUUAAAUACGGUCAUCUAGAGGUUAUCAAAUAUCUCAUAAAAGAGGGAUCAAAGCUGAAGAGAUAUGAUGGAAUGACCCCGCUCUAUGUCGCAGCUAAAUUCGGUCACUUAGAAAUUGUGAAAUUCUUUAUUUCUCAAGGCGCUGAUGUGAAUGAAGAAAAUGACUCGGGUGAGAUUCCUCUGCAUGGUGCGGCAUUUAGCAGUAAGAUGGAAGUCAUUGAAUAUCUUAUUCAACGAGGAUCUGAUGUGAACAAGGCUGAAGCCAAUGGUCGUACACCGUUCAAUGCCGCCGUCCAAUAUGGACAUUUAGAUGCUGUGAAGUAUCUCAUAGAAAAGGGCGCAAAGCAGAACACAUUUGAUGGCAUUAAUCCUCUCUACGCAGCAGCUCAGUUUGGCCACUUAGACAUAGUAAAGUUCUUCAUUUCCAAAGGUGCAGAUGUAAACAGAGAAAACGAUAAAGGGAUGAUUCCUCUCCAUGGUGCAGCUAGUCGAGGUCACAUAAAGGUCAUAAUGUAUCUUCUUAAACGAGGGUCUGAUGUGCACAAGGGACUUGCCAAAGACUGGGCGCCAAUUCAUUCUGCAAUUGCAUAUGGCCAGCUAGAAGCUGUCGAAAACCUCCUGAACUACGAAGCAAAGCAUGAUAGAUGUCGUACAAAACGCCUGCUUCAUACAGGAGCAAAGUUUGGUCACUUAGACCUUGUGAAAUUCCUGAUUUCCAAAGGAGCUGAUAUCAAUGAGAUAGAUGAAGAUGGGAUGAUUCCUCUCCAUCAUGCUGCUUAUGGAGGUCACCUGAAAGUCAUGGAAUGUCUCAUUCAACAAGGUUCUGAUGUGAACAAAGCUGAUAAGGAGGGCUGUGCACCACUCUAUGCUGCCAUCCAGUGUGGUCAUCUGCAAGCUGUGAAGUAUCUUCUUAAAAACAAAGCAAACCAGAAUAAAUACGACGGAAUGACACCUGUCCAUGCCGCAGCUAAAGUUGGUCACUUGGAUCUUGUGGAUUUCUUCAUUUCAGAAGGCGGUAAUGUGAACGAGGCAGAUAUAGAAGGGAUGAUACCUCUCCACUAUUCAGCUGCAAUUGGUCAUAUAGAAAUGACUCGAUAUCUCAUCCAGCAUCUUUCAGAUAUCAACAAGCGUAAUUUCAGACAAAAGACACCACUUCAUGCUGCAUUGCAAAACGGCCAAUCAAAGGUUGCUGAACUUCUAGUUGCCAACGGAGCUGCAGAAUGUGGCUUGGAAGUGAUGUCACCACCGCAUGACCAUGCUGAUGAGGGGAAGCUCUUGGUAUCCAGUGGAUGUAAUGCAAAGCAUCGUGCAGCAGAUAUGCAGUCACGUGCUGACGAACUGUCUUCAAAGAUUCUUUCCGAAGAAGCCGAGAAGGAUGGGAGCGAUGAGCGUAAUUCUUUCUUAUCUGCUAAGCCAAAAUCUCCUGACGAACGUGAAGAAAGCCGAAUGCAAGUUCAACUGGAAUCAGACAAGAAGAACCUGGUAGAGAAUAGGAACACCAUAACCAACACCAAGGACAAUCUCUUUACGUUUGAGUACGAAGUAUUCCAUCCACCCUUUCUUCAUGAAAUGAAGUCAAAUCAUGGUGAAGGUCAUCCGUCUGAACCAUUUCCCUUGACUGACGAGACCAGAGAAACAGAAGACCCUCCGUCAUCCUCCUGGUCAUCGAUAGACACUGGAAAAAAAAUACCAGUUCAUGGACCUUCAGCGGUCGUGAUCAGUUACUUGAAAAACCUAGCUUACGAUAACACGAAACGGUACUGCACUAACACUCUCUUCCCAGUGCAUCAGCGAGCAAGUCCUGGCUGGUACACGUUGCUUCCUGAAGACGAUUCUGGCCUUAGCCAUGUUAGCCGUCCUUCUGGCUAG